AUGUCCUUCGCUGCCCUCAAUGGGACGCUGCCCCUGCGCGACGCCUGGCAGGGCUUCUUCGCCGAGGCCCAGACCCACUUCCACAACAACCAGCGCACCGUCCUCCUGCUCAUCAUCAACGCGCCGAUUAUUGCGAUUGUGAUCAACGUCCUGAGACAGCUCGUGAUACCCCGCAAGGCAACGGAUCCGCCGACGGUGUUCCACUGGUUGCCUAUUAUUGGCUCUGCGAUCCAGUACGGCAACGACCCUCUGAAUUUCUUCUUUGAGUGCCAGAAGAAGUAUGGCGAUGUGUUCACGUUCAUCCUUCUCGGUCGUCGCGUCACUGUUGCUCUUGGCCCUAAAGGAAACAACUUCAUUCUUGGAGGAAAGUCGACUGUUUUCAACGCUGAGGAUGCGUACACGCACCUUACGACCCCCAUCUUCGGCAAGGACGUCGUCUACGACGUUCCAAAUGACGUUUUCAUGGAGCAGAAGAAGUUCGUCAAAGUCGGUCUCUCAACGGACAAUCUGCGUGCAUACGUCGGCAUGAUCGAGGACGAAAUCGAGGAAUUCCUCAAGAACGAUCCCAGCUUCAGGACGUACCAGAUGAACGACAUCAACGAGUGGGGCACCUUCGACGUCGUCCAGGUCAUACAGGAGAUCACCAUCCUCACCGCGUCGCGCACGCUCCAGGGUAAAGAGGUCCGCGAGAACUUGAACAAGAGCUUCGCAGAGUACUACAACGACCUGGAUAACGGAUUCACGCCCAUCAACUUUUUGUUCCCCAACCUCCCUCUGCCGAGCUACAGGAGACGAGAUGCCGCGCAUGUCAAGAUGAGCAACUUCUAUGUCGACAUUAUCAAGAAGAGGAGAACUGGCCAUGACGAUCACGAACCGGAUAUGAUUGCUGCUCUUAUGCAACAGAAGUACCGCAACGGCCGCCUCCUGAACGACGAGGAAAUUGCCCAUAUCAUGAUUGCUCUUCUCAUGGCCGGUCAACACACGAGCUCUGCGACAGGUUCAUGGGCCCUCCUCCACCUUGCUGCUAACCCCAAAGUCGCCGAGGCCCUCUACCAGGAACAAAUUAAGUACUUCACUGGCCCAGACGGCAAGAUGCGUCCUCUCACACACGAAGAACUGCGCACGCUUCCCAUCCUCGACUCCGUCAUCCGCGAGACCCUCCGCAUGCAUCCGCCCAUCCACAGCAUCAUGCGCUACGUCCGCGACGACGUACCCAUCCCUGCCACCCUCUCCGCACCCUCGAAAGACGGCAUCUACAUUGUCCCCAAGGGCAACUACGUUCUUGCCUCGCCCGCCGUGUCCCAAAGCGACCCGACCGUGUGGAAGGAUGCGGAGAAGUGGGAUCCGUACCGCUGGAACGACUCGGAGGGCGUUGCUGCUCAGGCAUUCAAGAUGUACCUCGAUGAGAAUGGCGAGAAGAUCGAUUAUGGGUUCGGUGCUGUGAGCAAGGGAACGGAGAGCCCUUACCAACCGUUCGGUGCUGGCAAGCAUAGGUGUAUCGGCGAACAGUUUGCAUACCUCCAAUUGGGCACUCUCAUCUCGACCGUUGUCCGGGCUAUGGAAAUGCGCAUUGACAGAGUCCCAGAUCACAAUUACCAUACGAUGAUCACGAUGCCCAAGGCCCCUCGCAACAUCUCCUACCGCAGGAGAAACUUCGAUUGA